AUUAUUUUUAAAUUGUGUAAUACUUGAAUUAUUUUUGUGUUUAAAUUGUUGAUAGAGUGAUUUUAUAUAAUAGUUUUUAAAUUACUGCCAAAUAAAAGUGAUAAAACACAAUGUAAUGCUAUAAUGAAAUAUCUAAAAUUCGCCACAUAUUUCCAAAUCCUAUAAAAGAUUUGCAACUAUUUGACAAAUUGCUGGACUAUAUUAACGACGCUAAUCUGAAUAAUAUGGAUCUUUUGGUUAUACAUAAAUCUAAAAGAAUUUGUAAUUGACAUUUUGAACCUAUAUGCUUCGACAACGUCUCAUCGACUACACAUAAAUGCUAUUCCUAUGAUGUAUUAGAAUGAUAAAACAAUAAAUGCCAAUAUCAAUGUACCAUCUACAUCCAAUGGUAUACUAUCAACAACAGCUAAUUUACUAUUAACACUGCCAGACAUUAGGUUCUUCCACUCCAAGCACAUUUAAACUAGUAAAAGUGAUGGAAUUAUGAGAACUCCACCGGAGAUUUUAGAAAAAGCUCAAGCUGCCACACAUAAUUUGUUACCGCUAAAAUCCAAAGAAAAUCAUUUUCGGAGAAUGUUGAAGCCAUCUUCUCUAUGGGCCAUUUAUUUGAUGAUAAGAACUUCACUAAACAUUAAUAAUAUUAACAUAGCAAAUUAUCCAAAACUAAUAGCCCUACUGAAGGGGAAAUCGGAUGGUUUUAGAAGUAAAAAAUCGAAAAUCCUUUCUACAGAACAAAUUUCUGAAAGAUGCCCCAGACGAUAAACAUUUAUUGUCAAAGGUUAUCCUCACUUAUGGAUUAAACGGGACUUGCUGUAAACAAGAACUUAGAAAUAUAAAAAUGGAACACAUUCAGGACACGAGAACAUCCUUUAUAAUUGAUAUUCUAGAUUCUAAAACUAAAACGAGACGUUCAUUUAUAGUACCAGAAACGUUUUAUAUCACAUGUCAAAAAUACAUGUAUUUGCGUCCUGCUGAAAUGGAACUUCCUUUAUUUCUUAAUGACAGAAAUGGAAAAUGCAUAAAACAGGUUGUGGGGAUAAACACAAUUCGUAGUAUAUCACGUAAAAUUGCUGAAUAUCUUGAGCUGCCUGAAAGCAAUAUACCGGCUAUUGUUUCAGCCAUUAUGUUAGUUGAUGCAGGAGGUGAUAUGCUAUCAUUAAAACGAUUUGGUGGCUGGCAAUCUUUUACAGUAGCGGAAGGCUAUGUGAAUCAAUCUCUUGAAAAUAAAAAUGACUACGUAUUACGAAUAUCGGAGGCAAUUACCAAUUAUUAAACUUCAACUUCUGAUUUAUCGAGCAGUACCACAAUUAUAAAUAACCGUUCAUCACCAUUAAAUAAUAAGGCACAAUCG